AUGGAUAAUAGCCUAAAUCAGCAGUUUGAAGAGAAGGUGCGACCCUGCAUCGACCUUGUGGAUUCUCUUAGGUCCCUGGGCGUAGAGCGGGACCUGCACCUCCCGGCUAUUGCCGUCAUCGGCGACCAAAGCUCUGGAAAGAGUUCCGUACUAGAGGCUUUGUCAGGGGUGGCGCUGCCAAGGGGCACAGGCAUUGUGACCCGCUGCCCCUUGGUACUGAGACUGAAGAGAACAAAGACUGGUUCUCCCUGGCACGGUAUAUUGUCCUACAAAACGAGAGAUCAGAAGCCCAUCCAAGUGGAGCUGACGAAGCCAGAGAGCGUAGGGAGGGGAGUCUUAGAGGCUCAGACUGCCAUAGCUGGAAAAGGUAAAGGCAUAAGUAAAAGUAUGAUCAGCCUAGAGGUCCAAUCCAGUGACGUUCCAAACCUGACACUCAUCGACCUGCCGGGAAUCACCAGGGUUGCUACAGGUGACCAGCCCGAUGAUAUUGAGAAACAGAUCAAGGAUCUCAUUGAGUUUUACAUUAAGAAACAAGAGACCAUUAACUUGGUGGUUGUGCCAGCAAACAUAGACAUUGCAACCACAGAGGCACUGAAGAUGGCCAACAAAGUGGAUCCCAGUGGGCAAAGAACUUUGGGCAUCUUGACCAAGCCAGACUUGGUGGACAAAGGAGCAGAGGAGACCGUGGUUAACACGGUGAAUAAUCAGGUCAUCCCCCUGAGGAAAGGCUACAUGAUCGUGAAAUGUCGUGGUCAAAAAGAUAUCACAGACAACGUGAGCCUGGCCACAGCCAUAGAGAGGGAGCAAACCUUCUUUAAGGAGCAUGCUCACUUGAGGCCUCUCCUGGAAGACGGUAAAGCUACAAUUCCCUUUCUGGCUGAGAGACUGACCAAAGAGCUAGUGGAACAUAUUUCUAGAUCUCUCCCUGAGCUGCAGAAACAAGUUGAAAAAAAACUGCAUGAAACCUCUGUAGAGCUAAAACGGCUUGGAGACGGAGUCCCACUGGAAGAAGAUGAGAGGACCAAAUUUCUGAUUGAGAAAAUAAACACAUUCAACCAGGUCCUCAGAGACAUUGAGAGAGCUGAGGAGACUGUCCAAAACUCUAAGACCAGGGUCUUCAGCAAAAUCAGGAGGGAAUUUGAAAGCUGGAAAACUCACCUGGAUAAACAGACUGUCCAGCUUGAGGAGCACCUCAGAGACGAAGUGGAGGAGUACGCCCAGACUCGGAGAGGGAAGGAACUCCCUGGAUUUGUUAACUACAGAACAUUUGAAAAUAUUGUCAAGAAGCACAUCGAGGAACUGGAGGAGCCUGCAACACAGCUUCUAAAAGAUGUCACAAGUAUUGUUCAUCUCAGUUUGACAAGCUUGGCCAGUGACCACUUUGAGGCAUUUCCUGCCUUACUCAGAGCUACCAAAGAACCUCUGGAGGACUUCAAAGAGCAGGAAUAUGAGAAGGCUGAGAAGAGGUUGAAAUGUCAGUUUAAGAUGGAGAGAAUUGUGUACUCUCAAGACACCCUGUACAGUCGCCAACUAGAAGCUGUAUAACUAAAACCUGAGCCAGUCAAAGCAGGCUUUUCAGUUUUCACAAAGCCUGUCAAUGCUGAUAUUAAAGAGAUGAUUCAACAUCUAAAUGCAUAUUUUAUGAUCACGUCAGACCGCUUGGCAAAUCAGGUGCCUCUCGUCAUUCAGUAUCACAUGCUGUCAGAAUACGUCGCAAGGCUCCAGACAGCGAUGAUGGCGAUGAUCAGAGGGGAGGAUGCAGAAAAGCUUAUCCGAGAGGAUUCCGCAACCAUGCACCGUCGGAAAAACCUGAAAGAGCGGAUGGGACGUCUGAGAAAAGCACGGCAAAUUCUGGCCAAGUUUGUGCGCUCUUUUUAG